CUUGAAGCUUUUUUGCAGUCGUCCACUUUUUUUCACUUUGCCGUCUAAUGCCCCUUCAAUAGCGGUUUCCUUUCCUUCCUCUUCAGCCUUUCGGAUUUUCAGAUUCCUUAAUGCGCUUCAGAUUCAACUCAGCGUAGACUUCAAGUCCAGUCAAGCUUGCUGGGGACAUAACACAUGUAUAUUUUGCUCCUCCGUCUCGAUUCUGACCAGUUUUUCCUCCCCAAUAGGCAAAAAGGUUUGCUUAUGUUUCUUCGUCACUUCAUUUACACCGUUAAACUUUUAGUUUCAGUGAUUACUUCAUUUUUUCGCCAUUCUGUAUCCCUUCCAAGUUCAGUGUCAUUUUCAAGCUUUAAAAGGAAACUUUGUUUUAUAUUCCAUCCAUUUGUUGGUUGGACUGCAAUAUUUAGAGUUUUCACGAGUUAUACAAAAGCGAGAGCGAAAAAUGUGCAAUCGUGAGUGUGAUGGUUGAAUUUUUUUGACUAGUCUGGUCAGAGCUGCGGAAAAUUGAAAAUAUUUUAUAUUUAAAUGGCUUAUUUUUUAUUUAUCUUAGAACAAUUUUUUUUAUAGAUUCUGAAUCUUUGAUGAUCUAUAUGAAAUGAUUUUGAAGGAUUCACUCUUGUACUAAUGACUUCUCUGGUCCAGCAAAUCUGGAGUUGCCAAGUUAGAAUUUAAAUGGUUGGAUGCUUCUAGGUUUUUGAGUAGAAAUGAAGAAGUGGUAUGGUGGUGUUUUAACUACCUCCUUUUUAAUGUUUAUGCUUAUUGGGUAUUAUGUAAUCAGAAACCCCUUCAAGGAAAACUACUUCACUAAUACCCAGUAUGUCAAUAUGACAAAUCCUCUAGAGUGGAUAAAUGCUAUGGCUCCCCCUGCUGCUAACAGUGUGAAAAGUGUUUCUCAAGUGAUAUCUGCCAAAGUAUUAGUCUCUGAUCUUUUUUAUGAGAGAAACUUUUCAACUGCUGAGAAACAAUCUUUGCUUACAUGGAACCAAUUGAAAUACUUAAUUAGUCAAGGUCAAGUCCUACCUAAUGCUCUAGAUGCUGUUAAGGAAGCUGUUGCUGCAUGGAACAACCUUAUGAGCUCAGUGGAAAUGGAAAAACUUCAUGCAAAUGAUAGUUCAUCUAAGAGGGGGAAAGAAAAACAGUGUCCUCAUUUUCUUCGCAAAACAAAUGUCACAGAAAUGGGUGGUGAUGAGUUUAAGUUACGGCUUCCUUGUGGACUUACUCAGGGGUCAUCAAUCACAUUUAUCGGCAUACCAAAGGGUCUUCUUGGUAAUUUUCGGAUCGAUUUAACUGGUGAACCACUUCCCGGGGAACCCAAUCCUCCUAUAAUUUUGCAUUACAAUGUUAGGAUGCAUGGGGAUAAAGUAACAGAGGAUCCUGUAAUUGUUCAAAACACCUGGACCAUUGCACAUGAUUGGGGUGAGGAGGAACGUUGUCCAUCUACUGCUCCUGAAAAGAAUAAGAAGGUGGAUGACUUGGAUCAAUGCAAUGAGGUGGUGGGUAAAAUCAUGGCAGACAGACAUAUCAAUAUAUCAACAAAAUCUUCAAUGGUUCAGGAUGGAUCUAAACAGAGAAAGUAUUUUCCUUUCAAGCAAGGGCAACUCUCUGUUGUGACAUUGAGAGUCGGAUCAGAAGGAAUACAAAUGACAGUUGACGGUAGACACAUAACAUCAUUUUCAUUUCGCGAAACUUUAGAGCCAUGGCUUGUAAGUGAAGAGAGGAUUUCAGGAGAUAUUGAAUUAAUAUCAGUUGUUGCGAGUGGAUUACCCACUUCGGAAGAUAUAGAGCAUAUGAUUGACUUAGAAGCCCUGAAGGCGGUCCCACUUUCUCCACAUAAACACAUAGAUCUCUUUAUCGGUGUGUUUUCUACUGCAAACAAUUUUAAGCGGAGGAUGUCAGUUCGGAGAACGUGGAUGCAGUAUGAUGCAGUGCGGUCUGGACAAGUUGCAGUUCGUUUUUUUGUUGGGAUGCAUAAAAACCAGAUGGUGAAUGAGGAACUCUGGAAUGAGGCUAGGACAUAUGGAGACAUUCAGUUGGUGCCAUUUGUUGACUACUACAGCCUAAUCACAUGGAAGACGGUUGCCAUAUGCACCUUUGGGACGGAGAUCGUUCAAGCUAAAUUUGUCAUGAAGACAGAUGAUGAUGCUUUUGUUCGUGUAGAUGAAGUGUUGGCUUCUCUACAAAGGAUUGGUGUGACUCGUGGAUUGCUUUAUGGCCUAAUUAAUUCAGACUCCCAUCCUCAUCGAGAUCAUGAUAGCAAGUGGUACAUUAGUGCUGAGGAAUGGCCUGAUGAUGCUUAUCCUCCUUGGGCACAUGGACCUGGCUAUGUUGUGUCAAGUGAUAUAGCAAAAUCCGUCAGCAUGAUGCACAAGAAAGGGCUUCUAAAGAUGUUUAAGCUUGAAGAUGUUGCUAUGGGGAUCUGGAUAGCCGAACUGAAGAAGAAAGGUCUGGAAGUUAGGUAUGAGAAUGAGGAGAGAAUUUUUAACGAAGGCUGCAAAGACGGUUUUGUUAUUGCACACUAUCAAGAUCCUAGAGAGAUGCUGUGUUUAUGGCAGAAGCUACAAGAGAAGAAGCGUGCUUUAUGUUGUGGCGACUAACCCCCAUCACACUCCUAAGGUUUUUACAGUGUAAAAGGAAACAACACCCACCCUGAAAUUUUGAAGGCGAUGCAAGGGGGUCAUGGUAGUUCACAUGCAUCCGUAUCUACGAUGAUCUAUGUGAUUGUGACAUACCGGAGCUUCAAUAGUAACUCCCACGUUUAUUACAAGGAAUGUCCAGAUUGAGUUAAACCGACCUUUUUCAUCUUCUGAACUGUUGUUGUAACCUUACAGUGGAUGAAAACUGCAUUAAAAUGUAUGUAUAGGAGAUUUUGAGUAGAGAAGAGUUCACUGUGCAGUCUGUGCCUGACUUGUGUAUAUAUCGGCCUAUGCAUACAUAUGCCCUCCUUAUUCCUAGGCUCUAUAACUCACUUCAUACCCACCUUUUCAUACUUAGAGGUUGAAUUAUUAUACGAGUAUAAUCAAUAAAAACUUCACUCUCCAUUUUUUACU